CAUAAUAAACAGUAUGAGUAGGAUACUGAAUUGUAACAUGAAUGAUACAAAGAUCAAGAUCUAUAGAUUAUAAUUAUAGAUCUAGAUUAUCUGGAAAUUACCAGAGAUCGAUAGAACUCGGAUCAAGAAAUUUUAGAUUUUUAAUUACGGUUUCUGAUAUAUAUACUGUAUUUCAAAGCAAAGUUCAGAGAACAUCAGUAUGAGAGCGCUUGCGCUGAAUAGAACAUUUGUCCGACAACUGAUAUGGUCACACACAAAGCUGACAACGACAGAUCUAGUUCCUGAAGUUUCAUUGAGACUUAUCACACCUGAAUGCCCAUUAUGGAAGGCCACACCAGAACAGUGUCCAUUUAAUGACCCUUACUGGGCAUUUUUUUGGCCGGGUGGCCAAGUCUUAUCUCGGUAUAUUCUUGACAAUCCUCAUUUGUUUUAUAAGAAAAGUGUUCUCGAUGUUGGCAGUGGCUGUGGAGGUUCUUCUUUGGCCUGCAAACUGGCAGGGGCAUCUUAUGUUGUUGCCAAUGAUAUUGAUCAAGUUGCUGAAGUUGCUCUAGAAAUUAACAUGGAAGCCAAUAGUCUACACAUCAACACAGACAUAAGUAAUCGCCUUUCAAGUCAUCUAAAGGAGCCGUUUGAUUUUGUUUUGCUGGGAGACAUGUUUUACGACCCGGAAUUUACUGAGACAGUUAUUUACUGGAUUCAACAACAAACCAACCAUAGUUCAGUUUUGAUUGGAGAUCCUGGACGCCACGCACUAUUAAAUCAUCCAAUCAAAACAAAACUUCACCAAGUAGCUGAGUAUGCGCUGCCAAAAACUUGUCAACUAGAAAAUAAUGGAUUAAGUCUAGGAAAGGUAUGGUUGUUGGACAGGAUUAAUAUGACUUAGAUUGGUCAGAGACCCAAUCAAUUAUAUGCAUAUAGUAAGCAAUCUGCUACAGUCCAGGCACUCUAUUGUAAGCAAAUGAGAGUGCUGUGUGUGUAUAUUUAAAAUAACAAUCUGCAGCAAGACCGAAAAUGUGUUGCAAAACUCAAAGUUGGCCUAAAGCUGAUGUAGACUUUAUGAACUCAGUUACAAUUACCAGUGGUGAAUGAACUGAUCAAUAUAAAGCAAUUCGUUAAGAAUUUGUAAACUGUAUCUUAACAGUGUUAUCCAUCCAAAGUUAUGUAUAUUUGAAUUUUGUUGAUUUUAUAAACUGGUUCGUAGAUUGGAAUUGGAUGGAGUAGGAAAUGGUUCCCAACUCACCAAGAAGAGUAGUAUUGGUGGGCCAUUUGAUUCAUGUUGUUACUACACAUUCAAGUUGUCAUGUAGUUUUGCAUGUAACAUUUGGUUCAUUUAUGUUUGUAGGCUAUUUUAAUCAGGGUUUUUACUGUUGACUUGGAAUCAUAUUUGCUAGACAUUUAGACAGUUACUGUAAAUCACUGAAUAGCUCCUGUUCUUGCUAACACAAAAUAUAUGACAAGUUCAUUACAAUAGAUACAAAUCCACUAAAUGAAUUUGACUCAGACAUUUGGCAUAUAAUCAGUAUGUAUAUUCCAUGUAUGAAUAUUGAGUUCGCUCUACAUGACACUUUAGAUGACUUACUAAAAUCUUAGCCGACUCUCUACAUGGCUGCUAAAAGUCACUAAAAUCUCUGACUGACUCUCAGAUCAACUACAGUUCUUCGUCUUCUUCCUCGUUCUCAUUAUUAUGUUGGAGUUGAGAUGACUAGACCAAUAUAUGAGAUGAGCUGCACAGAGUUGAGAUGACUAGACCAAUAUAUGAGAUGAGCUGCACAGUGGUUUCCUAAUCAGGGAGUUCUCCAUAUAUAUAGUUUUCUUUCCAUUUGGGUUGUUUUGGGGCCAGUGUCUUGUUCGGACCUCUUGGUAAAAAAUGCAGUUUUGAAGGACAUGGUCAGCAUUCUGUGGUGACACUCUACAUGGGCAGAUUUCACUGGUUCCAAUUUUGAGCUUCCAGUACAUAUGUUGUCUCAUUCUGUUGUGUUCGGUUCUGAGUCAAAAGAUUAGACGUUGAUCUUGACUGGAUAGCUUAUAAUAGGCGUCAUCUUUCUUGUGAUUCGGAUGAGAGCGUGUCCAUUUCUCAUUUAUUUUAUUCACUAUAAGUUUCUUCAUUUCUUCUGGAUAAAGUGCGAUGGUCAAUAGUAACUUUUGAAAUCUCAUUCUACCUUUCCCUCGUGCAUCUGGUCAUCUCAUAACUCAUGUUCACAUGUUGUACAUCCUGUCAUCUCAUAACUCAUGUUGUACAUCCUGUCAUCUCAUAACUCAUGUUCACAUGUUGUACAUCCUGUCAUCUCAUAACUCAUAUUCACAUGUUGUACAUCCUGUCAUCUCAUAACUCAUGUUCACAUGUUGUACAUCCUGUCAUCUCAUAACUCAUGUUCACAUGUUGUACAUCCUGUCAUCUCAUAACUCAUUUUGUACAUCCUGUCAUCUCAUAACUCAUGUUGUACAUCCUGUCAUCUCAUAACUCAUAUUCACAUGUUGUACAUCCUGUCAUCUCAUAACUCAUGUUCACAUGUUGUACAUCCUGUCAUCUCAUAACUCAUGUUCACAUGUUGUACAUCCUGUCAUCUCAUAACUCAUUUUGUACAUCCUGUCAUCUCAUAACUCAUGUUGUACAUCCUGUCAUCUCAUAACUCAUGUUGUACAUCCUGUCAUCUCAUAACUCAUGUUCACGUGUACAUCCUGUCAUCUCAUAACCCUAACCCUACAUCUUGCUGUCAUCUCAUAACUCAUGUUGUACAUCCUGUCAUCUCAUAACUCAUGUUCACAUGUUGUACAUCCUGUCAUCUCAUAACUCAUUUUGUGCAUCCUGUCAUCUCAUAACUCAUGUUGUACAUCCUGUCAUCUCAUAACUCAUGUUGUACAUCCUGUCAUCUCAUAACUUAUGUUCACGUGUACAUCCUGUCUUCUCAUAACCCUAACCCUACAUCCUGCUGUCAUCUCAUAACUCAUGUUCACAUGUACAUCCUGUCAUCUCAUAUUCACAUGUACAUCCUGUCUUCUCAUGACUCAUGUUCGUACAUUCACACUCUAUGUUCACAAAUUCAUAUUGACUAUAAUGAAGUAAUAAGGUUACUAUUUUGCCACACAUCUCAUUCCAGUUUUGUAGAAAAGUUUGUAUGAACCUAUUUACAAUAAGGUUUUAAUUGGAUGUAGUAGGAAACGGUUCAAAUCAGCUGAGUAGCAUUUAAAAGUGUGGGCCAUUGUUUUGUGUAUCUUCACACAUUCAAGUCUCAUUCCAGUUUUGUAGAACAGUUGUAGUUGAUUGCAUUUUGGCUAACAUUCAACAAAGCUGAGUAGCUAUUAAAAGUGUGGGCCUUUGUUUUAUGUAGCUUCACACAUUCAAGUCUCAUUCCAGUUUUGUAGAACAGUUGUAGUUGAUUGCAUUUUGGCUAACAUUCAACAAAGCUGAGUAGCAAUUAAAAGUGUGGGCCUUUGUUUUAUGUAGCUUCACACAUUCAAGUCUCAUUCCAGUUUUGUAGAACAGUUGUAGUUGAUUGCAUUUUGGCUAACAUUCAACAAAGCUGAGUAGCAAUUAAAAGUGUGGGCCUUUGUUUUAUGUAGCUUCACACAUUCAAGUCUCAUUCCAGUUUUGUAGAACAGUUGUAGUUGAUUGCAUUUUGGCUAACAUUCAACAAA